AAAAUGUCGAAUCCAUUCCAGAUAAGGAGAGUUGGAAGAAAAAAAAGGUAAGCAGCUUGGGCGUGUCCAAACCUUGCAAGACGCAGAGAGCCUGAUGAAAGCUAUGGAAUGAGUAACGGAUUCCGAAGAUGCUGCUGAAAUGGGUCAUGGUACAAGGAAAACACCAGCCAAGAAGCAACCAAAGUUCAAAUCUAAGAGCUACAAUUUGGUUCCACAACAAUGGAUUUCACCGGGAUCAAGUGAGCCAUGUGGUGUUUCUACUGAUGCAGUACCGUUCCCAGAUCAACCGUCGCAGACUGUAGCAUCUUCAUCGAUGACAAAACCGUUUGCUGCUGUUGCCGCUACUCAUGGUCGUACUAUGGCAUUAAAGCAUACUUCAGGAAUAUCUCACGUAGCAACAACGAAGUCGUCCACUUCGCCUCAUAUUGUUAUUUCCGGUAAUGAGCAAAAUUUAGUUUCAAGUUUUCAUGAAGGUAUCAACUACGAAACUACAGGAACGAUUAGUGCUCACGGUGGGCGACAGGCUUCCGUUCAUUCACUGCAAACAACACCUUUUCCACAAGAGAGUACUCUAGUAUCAGAUAUUUCUCAGCAAAUUAGUAUACCUGUUGUAAUGGGGUCAGAUGGACAGCAAUAUGCACAACUUGCCAAUGAUUCAUAUUACGUGAUCACUGAUAGCAGCAAGGAUGCUGACGCGGCAGACACAUCAACAACAAACCCCAUAAAACACGACGAGCUCGACCUGGGCAUGGAAAAUAAUGAAGAAUUUGGCAAUGCCUCUCCUACUUUGAUGGAAGGAUAUAGUCAACAAAUGGUCACUUCCGAGCUGCAGAAAAUCCAAACCCAGUUGAAUGAGCUCGACGGAAAAUUCAAAUCAGUAGCGACUAAUGAUUUGAAGAAUACAUAUAUUAAUUUCGUAACUGAUGGUACGUGAAAGAAUGAACUUCUAGUAUCAUAUUUGUUCAC